AUGGCCAUGUUCUUCUCGCUCAACUUUCUCCUCUACUUCCUCUUUGUUCAGGUCAACAAGAUGCUCAUGCGCUAUUUCGACCUGAGAAGAAACUACGCAUUUCGAAUCAACGCAACUGAUGCAAUUCAGAGCACCAAUUCAACUGUUUCAAUGGCAACAGGUGUCCAAUUACGCAAUUCAUCAAAUGAGACAGAAAGUGAAUCAGAUGCUGGUGAACCAGUUGAGACUGAGAUCACCAUUUUGUACAGCUACGUCUUUGAACCAUUCAACAUCCUCAAAAACAUCAAAAUGGCCCUGAUGACAUGCACAGUCGCAUCCACGGUCAUUGUUCUGCGUCUAAUUGAUCUGUUGAUCAGUAGAAUCAAUAUCAGUACAGCAAAAUUAGCCAAAUUCAACAGAUCCAAAAUGGGCCUGUUUCUGAACCACUACGCAUUCUCCCACAUUUCCGAAUAUGUCGAUUUCCUGAAAGAGCAACAAAUCUACCACUAUUUGAAGUACGCAGCAAUGGCCAUAGGGCUCUUUAGCUUCCUAACAUCAGUGGCCUACGUCAUCAAAGUCAACACGGCCAUCUACAAAUACAAGUUGCCAUUCUACCACCUGAAGGUCUACUUGACCCAGGGCAUCAUUGGUCUCCACAUGUUCAUUGUCUGUAGCACAUUGAUCACAUUCAUCAAAUACAAAAUGGAUGGCAUCUCGUUCUCAAAUGGAACAAACAGCCUUGAAAUCUACCCCACCAUUGCAGUGAUCCAAUACACCCUGGCUGGAAUUUGGCUUCUUUUCACAGCGAAGAACAUCGAAAACAGGUUUGUUAAGGAAUUGAGAAAGGGACUGUUUACCAGGCCACCAAUAACACCAAACAACAAUAUGCGCCUAGAGACACUCAGCACCCCAAUUCUCUACACAAUCUUCUGCAACCAGCUUGUAGCAGUCAUCAAAUGCAUCCUGGUCGCAUUCAUCUGCUUUGGAAUGCUUCCAGUUGCCAAACACAACUGUGCUUUCGACAAGUACCUGAUGGCACUGAUUUGUUACUCAUUCUUGAAGAAUAGGACAUCAGUUGAAAUAUUCCUGUUCAAAAUGUACAUUCUGAUCACCAGAUUGAUCAGUAGAUUCGUAGGAUUGGACAACUACCUGUUUAAUAGGAGAUUGAUCAAGUUUGAUAGAAACAGACUGUUCUGGGCGUCAAAUAAGCACAAGAAGCAGGGGAAUACAGUGAGAUACGCAAACAGUCAAAGAGUCGUCACAGUGAGCUUUGAUAAACCAGUGAAACCAGCCAUGGAAGUCACUGGCUUUGUGAAGCAGUCUUCGCCUGACAUGUUCAAAUCAACCAAUUCAACCAUCACAGGCAGGUACGAAAUAUCAACAACUCGAUUUAUCAGGUAUUUUGGAACAAAUCACAAAAGAACCCUGACAAUUGUCUACAAACCAAAGUGGACCAGAAUGGCAAUUCUCAUGAUAAAAAUGGUCUGUCUGCUAUCGACAAGGCUGCUCAUAAGAGCAACCAAAAUGGUAGCAUGGCAUCUCACAGACCUUGCAAUCAGUCGCAUUCAGUUCCAUCACGUCAAAAUGGAGAGAACUGUUCUCUUUUGGCUCAUUCAUGCACUGAUAAUUAAGCUUAUUCUGUCACCUAAGAAGUCACUCACAUCAUUCGUAGUGAUGGUCUACACCACAAUCUGGAACCCAAUGGUGCUCACAGUGGCACUGAUGUUCACCCAGAACAGGAUGAUCAAGUUCAGUGAGCUCUUCUACAUCUGCUCAGUCACCUCAAGCAUCGUACUCCAUUGCAUCAAGACACUCUGCUGGUUCAACGGGUUCUCCAUUCACCGAUUCCUCCAGCUAAUCGCUAUUGGAUCCUUCUUGGACUGCAUCGUGCUCCUCUUCUACAGCACAUUCUGCGUAUCGUUCCUGAGACGAGCACCUGAAAUUGUAGUGGCCAUGUACCUCUCAAACCACUUCAUCCAACUUCUUCGUAGAAUGUUCACGAAAGACUUCCUAAUCAAAUUGAAGGACAAAUACUAUUUAAAGAGCAGAGUGGUGGUGAACUACGACAAAUAA